UUCCAUACUCAAUAUAAAAUGAAACGAAACUGAUGGUUUACAAAUAGAGGGAAAUCAUGAGUAAUCGAAACGCCAUUUUCUCGCAUUGUGAAACGAGCCGCGAAGCGCAGUUUAAACCGGAUGUGACGUCAUUUUUUGUUGGAUGAUGCCUGUACGAAAAUUUCAGGAGUCUUCUGCCCCGCCCCUGGCCCCGCCCCUGUGAAAGUCAAAUGCCUUCGCGGCGGACGAAAAUGGUCGAACAUUGGAAUGUGGCAAGAACCACCAGCCUCGCUCUCACCCAUUUUUAACUACCCAGCCUCGUUUUCACAAUCGUUGCUGUGGAGACCCAUCCAACCACAAAGAUGGCGGAAGUCUACGUGGAAAGUUACGGUCAUUUGCGGAAUAAUGUUCUCUCAGGAACGCCUUCCCCUUUACCUCGUCCUUAUUUACCGUCCUUGCCACCUGCGAAAACCACCAAGCCUUCUUACUCAAGAUUUCUUAUCGAAGCCCCGUUCUCGGCUCUUGCUGGUGUGGUUGCAGAUGCACGAGAUCCUCCGAAGCCACCUCUGCUACCACGUAGUAGAAACAGGAUUCAAGUUGGAUGUACCAACCGAUGGAGACUUCCAAACAUGCUUGGCAGUGACCUGCUGGGCUCAUCUCAAGCUCUUAAGUCUGUGACUAGCUCUUAUAAUGACACAAUAAUGGCAGUCAUGACUGCUGAUUGUCCAAUGACGGCGUGCAACCGUGCAGACUUUGGUGGGGAAAGGUCGUACAAGAGUCCCAUGCAUUCCUUGAUUUCUCCCAGAUUUCUCAAAUCUCAUCCAGUGCCUGGCCACUCAACCAUUGGGAGGGAGCUAGACCGUCGGCUUGUUCAGUCUCAGCCAGCAACACACUCUGGAUCUCCUAGAAGCAUUGGACAGAAUGGACUGUCUGCAUUUCAUCUCCAGCAAAUUGAUUACCAAAGAAAUGUCAUUCCACCAGCAAUGAGGUCUCCGACUCCUAUGGAAUUGUUUUUGUACAGAUCACAAACAGCUGGGCUUCAUAGAACUCCAGAUGUAGUAGUUCAUGCUUUGGAUACUACAUGGGAGCUUCAUAAGCCAUAUCUUCAGAAGUCCACCUUGCUGAGUUCACUGCUAAAGAGAGCAGAGAUGACUGGAAUGAGAAACAUAGAAGAGGAAGAGGAAGAGGAUUUACCCAAACCAGGAGAAACAGGUACAGUGUAUGAAAAAAAAAAUUCAGUAAAAUCAAUAGAUGUAGUAGUUCAUGCUUUGGAUACUACAUGGGAGCUUCAUAAGCCAUAUCUUCAGAAGUCCACCUUGCUGAGUUCACUGCUAAAGAGAGCAGAGAUGACUGGAAUGAGAAACAUAGAAGAGGAAGAGGAAGAGGAUUUACCCAAACCAGGAGAAACAGCUGGAAGUAAUUUAGAUGCCUUGAAAACAGCAGCCAGCUCUGGAAAUAUGGACCCCCUGGCUGUAACAUGUGAUAUGUCACCUGCCAGGAGAAGAUCAAGUGUAGAGUGGUACAAGAACCAGCUUACAUUUAAACUGAGAAUCAGAGACCCACUAAUUACCAAACAAACUUUUGCUCUUGCUCUCUCUGCACUGUAUGAGAAUGAGUGUGACAUGAAUGUGAGUGAGGCAGACGUUGUUGGUGUCUUGGCUGCUGCCAGUUUCUUAGGAUUCACAGCUUUGGAAAAAUUGUGUGCUGAUGUGAUGUUGAGAUCCAUUGCUGCUUGGUCUGUCUGUGCAUUUCAUGCCUCAGCUUCAAAGUACAAGCAAAGUUCUGUUGUAGAUGCCUGUGAGAGAUGGCUAGAACUCAACUUGAUACCUCAGCUCUCAGUUCAAAUAUUCUUGAGUCAUUUGCCACAAGACCUACUAGAAAGGUGCUUGAAAUCUACCAAGCUUUUCACAUGGAGUGAGUAUUCUUUGUACAAGACGCUUGCAUAUUGGAUCUUUCUGCAACAACAUCCAAACUUACAGCUGAUGCCUUCGUGGGGGACUGUGGUUACCUGGUUUAUGAGUUUACCAAAGAACACUUCAUUCCUCGACAGGGAGGAGGGUCAUGGUUAUGUGAAUUUAUUCCGAGCUGUCAGACUGGGUGGAAUCACAGAGAGUUCACAGCUUGAUGAACUGCAGAAGAUGAACCUUGUCCCUCAGACCUGGCUACUUCGAAUCUACAGUCAACAUUAUCACGCGUUGCAAGGCGGAGGUGACAUGUCGUUGAUGACGAGGUUUGAACACGGAGCGGUACGUAAAGGCUUCAUCCUAGAGGAGCAUUUAAAGUACCAUUCAGAGAUCAUGUCUCUGCACGGAUUUCAUUUUGAAGUUAAAGCUACCAGGGACGAGUUUGAUUCAAAAUACUUCUUCUUCCUCCAGAGACUAAAACCAAAUGAUCCAGUGUUAUCGUUCAGAGCUUGUGAACGUCAUACAUUCUCCAUGCGUCACGAUAGGGAGGUACGGUAUUGCAUUCGAGUUCAGUGGUCAGACUGCGGUGUAAAUAAAGUGUUUUCAACAGGAAUCCUUUGCCAGAGUUUCGGUUUUUCAGGAAAAACUAAGCAAUCGGAGGUUGUAUCAGUUGAGGAUGUAUGUAUGCCACUUUACGUGACAGUAUCAUUAAUGUUUCCGCCAUCUUAAAGAUGUGGCUUGAAAAUUAUCAUUGUUUGUCUGAUAUGUAGAUAGAUUCUCCCGCUUCUGCUGAGUGCUUUUUAUACAAAUGUGAAAUCCUAUCUGUAAAUAGUGAAAAUAAGAAUUACGAGUGUAAAAAGAUAUGAGUUAAGCGUCACAUGCUCCUUGUUUUUAAUAAUAAAGGUAUAUAACAGUCCUGUAAA